GUGUGUGUGUGUGAGAGAGAGAGAGACAGAGCGAGCAGGAGAAGGAGAGGGAGAGGGGGGGAUGGAAGGAGCAGUAUGGGGCCGUGAUACUCUCUCCUCCUGGAUGCUGCCUUUCCUCUUCAUGGCUUUGUCCCUUUCUUUGUGCGGUCACCCUGUGUCCGCAGGAGCAGGCAGCAUUACGCCGACCACCACUCAGCCACCAAGCCGGGGAUGAAUCAGCCCCAACAAAGAGCCUUUGAGAUGGGAAUGUGUGCUCCUGCCUGGAGGGAGGAACGCAUCAGGCUUUCCCAGGCAAGCGGCAGCCUGCAGUGUGCACUCGCUUGAGAGCCAGCCCUCUUCCUCCUCUUCCUCCUCAUCGUUCUGUGCAUAACAGAGGGAGAGAGCGUGUAUGUCCGUGUGAGUCCAUGCGUUUGUGAAUGUGAGUGAGCUUUUGUAUAAUAGUGUAUGUGAGUGUGAGUGUGUGCGCACUCUGGCUUCCAAUCCUUCCAGGAGGAGAGAGGCUCUCCUCUUCACCAGACAGCAAAGGUAAGGGGGGAUGACUGAUUUUUUUCCCCCUCCUCUACUAACAAUGAUUUAUCCCUCCAGAGUCCUGUUUCCUCUCCCCACACCGAGCAGAGUGGGGUAAAGAAGAGGGGGGUGGGUGGGGGGAUAAAAAGGAUAAGAGGCUUAAUGUCAUUGAUAAAGAGCAGGCUAGUGUGUGCAGUCGGUAGGCAACAUCUGUGGAGGAGCGAGAUGGAGAAGAAGGUAGCUGUGAGGAGAAUGCAGCGCAGCCAGGUGCUGAUGUGGGGGAGAAAAGGGGAAUACAGGAAGGGGUUGCUGGAUGUAUUCAGUGGGCUGCAUCUCAAAAAGCCUUCACCUUCCUCUCACCCCUCCUCCUCAAAAUCCCCACAUCCCCUUCCUGUGUCUCCUUCGCCUCUUUCUUCAACCUUUAAAUCAGGGAGCAGGACACAAAAAGCUGUGAACUGUCUCCUUCUAGACAUGGAUCCUGCUGCACAAAUACAGUCUGUGCAUCUGCUGUGGGCACCGUGGACAGGAGCUUCCUGUUUUUACUGCUUUGUGUGUGUAGGUGUGUGUUCUCAGGUGAUCUUUUUGGUCCUACCAAUGCAUGAGGAUUCGAGCUGCUUCUGUACAUAGACAUUUGAGUAUGUGCAUAUUGUGGUUAAAAUAGGCACAGGGUUGGAGACUGAUGUUACAUAUUUUCUUAGCAUUCACUUUGAUCUGCGAACGCAGAAAUCAGUUGUACGAGAGCUUGAAUAAACGAAGGAGGAGAUGUUUGAUUUGGGCUUCAUUUGACUCUUGAUUUUAGACAUUAGGAAAAGAAGGAUUCUAUUUUUUGGGUCCUACAUGUUUUGCUGAUAAUUGGACCAAAAACUCCCCCUAUCAGCGGCAAAAACCCAAGUGAGAAUCCAUUAAAAGCAGCGUAUAGAUUUUAGUUUUGAUCCAAUAUCUGCACUUACUCUUGCUAACAGAAGCACAACAAUCAUACCCUACCUAAGAGUUCUGACUUAACCGGGUGCUAUUGAGGCAGAAUCAGUGUCUGAACAUGAUGUAACUGUGGCUCUUUACUCCUUUAACUACCAUGUGUUUGUGUCUCAAGUUGCUCAUUGAUAUUCAAGCAGGAGGAGGACGGAAAGGGCAGAGGAGGUGACAGAGAAGGUCUUUUUGUUGCAUGCAUACGCAGCUGGAUAUCUGCUCCAGUGAGGAUGAAGUGCACGCUCCAGCGUCUUCUAUUUUUUGGGAGGCUGUUUCUUGCAGCCCAUCUUUGCUAUCACACUCUGACAGCCUCAUGGUGCAACCCAAACUGGCAGCACAGGCUCCUCAGUGCAAGUAGUGUUGCACUGACAAGACAGGAAGUGAAAGGAACCACUUAAAUACACAUGCACGCAGGUGUAGGUGGUUCAGCAGCCUCAUGCCCCCCCUGCUGUGCCCAUGAUUGUUUUCAGGAAUAUUCUUGUCAUGUUGAUGUCAUCUGAAGGAGUGGAUCGCGUGAAUUAGUAGCUUAGCAUCUCCUCUGGCCAUGAGAUGUCAGGCAGUAAGGAUUUAAAACAGCAUCUGAGUCCAAAUUGGGACAGCAUGACAUGCCUCGGCUCUCAGGGCUGGAACAGCACCCAUGCUGGGUGACAGAGGAGGACAGCAACAGAAUCAGAGCAGAUUGAUACCAUAGAGGAGUCUCAGGUUAAAAAUGGUUGGUGCUUUGUCCCUGGAAGAGACACGCUGAGGCCUGGGCUAAAAAAAUGUAAAUCAAAGCUUUCAUAAGCACAUGCGCGUACAGUAAAGCUCGCUCUGAAGCCCGGUGCAUCAAUAAAUUAGACCCAAGAGAGACGAGUUGGGCCCGUAUCAUUGGUCCAGGCUGAUCAUACUUUCCUAUCAGCAGAGCAUCAAAUUGUUCAAAGCACUUGUCAGAGCCAAGAGGAUCUUUAAUUAAACAGAGUGUUGGUCAGUGCUGCAUGUCCCUACAAUCCUGACUCCAGCCCUUGGUACACAUGUUGUUAGAUCAGAUGCUUCCUGAGCUAAGAGUGCAUUGUCCUAGUGAUGUGUCAGCAUCAGUAGAACAUCCCAUAAAAGCCCCAGGACAUCAGAAGUGUUUCUUUUACAAUCUCAUUAUGUUAAGGUGCUUGGAGCAGAUAGAGACUACGGCUUUUACUCUGCAUUUAUGUCUUCAUUCCUCGCUGCAGGGCAGAACAAACACAUUUUCUCGUCCAUUUUCUCAUCCGUGAGAAUCGGUGCCAAUGUGUCAGGUGACAGAAUGAUGUAUGCACUCUGUCGAUGUCCUCAGAUCCCCUCUACUGUGGCUUGUUUACUGCUAACAAAGCUUCCCAAGACGGUGGAGAAAAGAGGUUACGUCUUCAGAAAAGGAGAGAGGGAUGCUUUUCACAACGUUGUGCCCCUAAAUUAGACAGAGAAAAAAAAACAUUAAAGAUUUAUAUCCAGGGCACUGACAGUUUGAAUCUAUGUCUAUCCUGUAUUUUUAUUUUAUUUUAUGUCUGUUCCUUUGCUAGGUUCCCUUUUAUCAUUUUCAUUCCUUUUCUGUCACUAUCUCUAAGUGUCCUCACUCUCCUUUCCUCCCCAACUCCUCCUCUCCUCUGUCUUGACCUCUCAUUUCUUGUUCCAUCCUGUCAAUAUUAACACUAGACUGAUGAACACUCCUGCGUGGACGUCUGCCCUUGAAGAACUGACAGCCCACAUUGUCGGGCACGGACAUAUAACUAUACUGUACAGUUCCAAACCUCAGGCUCUUUUUCCUCAUUCAGUGCAUGUAAAAAAAUGACAGACAAGCUUUUUGAUGUGUUGACUUCCUCUGGAUAGUUUUGCUCCAUGGCCUCGAACUGUUUCCAACCUGCAUUUUCUUAUACAGAGGUUUGAGUGAGGGCCUACACAUGACGCAUUGCUUCAAGUUCUGUGACACAGGAUAUGUCACUAUCAAUGAAGUCUCUUUGUGAAUGUGGGUCAAAGCUUUAUGGCUGAUCUUACAAACUGAAACUUAAAAGCAGGGCCUGAAAGCAUUUUGCUGUUUUACCCAAAAUUAUUGUCUCUAUUUGUUACAUCAACUCUCUUCCAUUAAAAUAUGUUGGUUCUUUAUAUCUCAUAAAAAAUAAAUAGAAGGAGCACAUAUACUGUCAUAUUCCCUUUGGUAUGCUGUACAUUGUGUCCUUACCCUGAGUGAAACUUCCCUCUGUAAAAUAAAUACCUCAAGGACAAUAUAGGUUUUGCCAGCCACCUUACAAAAAUGUCACAGUGCAUUUCCUAGAUUUUUCAACUUCCUGUAACCUCGACUAGCUUGUUUUGAUGCCAUGCAUGUCUUAUGAAAUCUUUUGACACUACAAACAGAAGAAUAAAAGUUUGAAGCCACAGUGGAGGCUCUUCAAAAACAGUUCUGUAGUGGUGCCCCAGGCUAAUAAUGCGGUUGACGAGGCAUAUUCAUAAUGGCAACCCUAACUCAUGUUGAUGUCCAGCAAGUUAAAUUAUUUUAUAACCAUCUCAGUCAGUUUUAAUCUCCUUAGAACAAAUGUUAUCUGAAAGUGCAAAAAACUGCAGUCCAGCCGAGGCUGGCAGCAAAAUCCCAAGAAUUGCAAUUUCAACAGCAGAAAUAAACAUGACCAAAAUGAUUUGGUCUCAAAGCUCAUUCCUUUAAUUUCCCCACAAGAUAGAUGGAUGAAUCAUGGAACAACUCAUCUGUUUGGAUUACAUGAAAGCUAAGAGUUACACAGGUUUGCAUUCUUGGGGGCAUGGCUGAAUGACUGACAACACCAUUAAAAGUUUGUUUGCUAAGAAGACCAGCUAUACGUCUUUGUGGUUUAAUCGGUCAAAAAUAAAGUUGAGUUGUCAUUUCCAAUAUGGUGACUGUCAUCACUGGGCUUCAUAAUAACAUUUCAAAAACCGAAGGGUUAUGUCAGAGCGACUUUGUCCAUGAUUCAGCAGAAGAGAUUGUUGUGUUGAUUUAAGUGGACAUUUAUGGAUAUGGAAAGUUGAAUAAUUGGUGUUGGUGUCAUUGUGACCCUCUUUGUCAGUCCUCUGCUUCACUUAUCCGCUAUUAGGAUCCUGCAAUGUCAACAGAACAGUUAGUCUUUUUGAAAUAAAACAACUAACUUUAACUCAACUUUUCAGAAAGUGAACACUUAUACAUAAAUCAUUAUGAUAAGAGCUAACAGUGAUGAGAAAAACUAUGUAAGAAAAAAACUCAUCUGACCCUUUCUCCAUCUGAUAACACCAGGGGGUGGGGCUUCUGAACUCUUCUGCAGCCACUCAGUAGAGGGAGCGCUAAAUCUUUUGGGUUCACAGUGAACACAUAUAACAUCCAUUUAUAUACAGUAUGCCAAAAAGCAGGGUUUCUUUUUCUUUCUCUUUCUUCUGUCAAACUAAUUGAUAACGUUGGCAUAGUUUGUCCUACUUUGAGGGUAUUAUCCUUAAAAAAGUGAUAUUUUAUUUCAGAUUGUUGGCUGUGAACUAGCUUAUCAGCAAUGCAUGUUUUGCCAACUAUUUUACUUGAGCAUGCUAAAGGGUGGACUCUUUCAUGACAUGUUAGCAGGCUCAGUAUUGUGACCAUGUUGACAUGGUUAAACAUUAUAAUAACGCCAGCAUGCUGCUAAAAGGGCCCUACAGUUAAUAUAAUAAUUACCAGGUUUUAGCAUGCUAGAAGGACUUAAACUAUAAAAUGUAAAACCAGUCAAUGUGUGAUGUGAGAUGUCAAGAAAGUGAGACCAGCUACCAAAUCAUGAAUGUUUUACAAUAAGCCUGUACGCUGUGCUUUUAGUGGGUUGGUAUGCUGAGGUUCACAGUACUGCCACUUCUAAAUUUAACUCCUUGGUGUACCAGGACUUAUUACCAGCUGCCAGUACCCUCUCCUCUCCUCUUCAUUUUGCAGUUUCUUUUGCAAUUCAUGAAAGCACCUAAAACACAUAACCCAUGGUCAGGUGUAGACAGUACUACUGGGUGCAUUUACUUGAUCUACUUAAACACUGAAGUACUUGAAUGUGUUUUUUGAGCAUUUGAACUUUACUCGAGUAUUAUUUUAGUGGUGAACUUGCUUUUUAUUUACUGCAUUCCAAAGACAAAUAUCCUUCUCUUUUUCAACUUUAUUUUAUUUUCUCCUCUAAAAUCUGAUCUCAAAGUCAACAAAUUGUGUUUAUGUAGUCCUGUGUUAGUUUUGUCCAAGUGUUGUUGCCGCACUGGUGCUUCGUGCAUCUCCAUUUGUGAACGGUUUGAUUGCAGAGCUCAGUUCAACACACUCAGAUCAAGCAGUUUAUUUAGAUCAAGCAGUAAUAACGGCUGCUGCAGAGUAAUCUGACAUUUCUGCACCUGGGCAUCCACGGCCAUACCUCAAACCUAUAUUUGAAGCUUUUUUAAAUUAAAAAACUUGUCAGGCCUUCAGUGAAAGCCUGAUGGCUUGAUGGAAAAUUGGACAGGUUUAGAGUUGCAGAGGUUUUCUGCUGAACUUAAGCUGUUCCAAGCAAAUAUAUGGAAUUAGCAUCAUCUUUGGCUUACUUUCAAAUACACAACACAAAUUAUUUACUGCUAUUGCCUGCGUGAUACACACAACAACAAAUGAAAAAGUGGGGGACAUAGGCAAAUUUUUUUUCCACUUGGAGCAAUGAUUAGCUGGAAUGAGUAUGGUAGUUUUUGGGAUAUCGGGUAGAACCAUAGACUGUAUAUAGAAGGACGCUGUCUGCCUCUUCACUGGGUGAAGCCACUCUGGGAACAGCACCCUCUGCUGACGGGCUGCAGUAUAGGUCAUUAAUCCCACCUUCCGCAGCAAUCCUUAUGGGGCUGUGGACAAACUUUAGAAAUUUAUCACACAGAACAUAAAUUUUUCUCCCCCCUGCUUGUGAUGUUGACAUGUAGUUAUUUUAAGACUGGUUUGUGCUCAAGUCCUCUUUUUUUCUGUACAGCUCCAUUUUAAAAGUUAUUAGGGGGUUCAUGUUUUCUAUGACUGACACUUGAUAAAACCUGUGGGCGUAUGAAAAUUGCGUAGCUCACCCUGGGGAUCCGCUGUUUGAGCCAAGCGUCAUCACAGAGACUCUUGGCGUCUCUCUCGUGAAUGCGUACAGUGCUACUGCGCAAGUGGUGGAGUGCUACAAUGCUACUGCUCAAUGUUGGUUUCAGGAAUGAAGAAAAAUCACGGAAAUACAGAGAGCUUUUCGGCUUCAAAUCCGCAUACUUGCAGAAGGCGGAACCAAGUUGUCCAUAGUAUACACAGUCUAUGGGUAGAACUGACAUAUCUGGCAAUACUAAGGCCAAAAGUUCAAAAGAGUGCACAUUCAUUUCCACAUUCACAUGAUCUUGACUUUAUAGAGGCAUAAAAUCUGCACCAUUCCUCAAUGUUCCCUUUAUUUCUGGCAAUUUGUUGUGUAUGAUGUAACCGACAACUAGCAUGAAAUAUGCAUUGCAGCAAUGUGUUAUUCCAUGUCACUGAGCACAGCUUAUUACAUCACUUGUCAUCUCCUAUUGACAAUCCCUUCAUGUCUGCAGAGGUGACUUCAAAGAGAAAGCAGACAUCAACUUAAAUCAUAAACACUAUUGUACUGUCCAGUCACGUCCGGCGCUUGUGUACUGUUUUUUAUGCCCUUAAAUGUGUGAGUGUGUAAGUACAUAUGUGUGUGUGUGUGUUUCUAGGAGGAGAUGACCAACCAAGACCCCCCUUCGCCCCCCUCUAGAGGCAGUCUCAUUACCUUCAAAGGGCAGAACGGUCAUCAUAAUGAAGCUGAUAGAAGAGCAAUCUCAAAGCCCCCCACGCUGCACAGCACAGUCCAAAAACAGCACCUAAGACCUUGAUGCUAUCUUUACCGCUCUGAAAAAGAUGUUGUUCCCUGUAAUUCAGGUUAGCUGGAUUACGCUUAUACAUCCAUUGACAAACACAAAAAGAGGAUUACCUCAUAUCCAUCGUCUCCCACCCUCACCUAACUAUUUGACAUAAAUCCUGUGCAAAAUAAACACGCGUCUGGUGCUUAAAGGGGUGGGUGGGGGGUGGGGUGGGGGGGUUGUGUCCUAAAAUUAGAUCAGUAAAGGACUGAACACCACACUAAUCCUGUGAGCACAGUCACCUGCACACUCUCUACAUUCCUGCUUGCAUGCCAACAAAAAAGAUAGAAGCAGAAAUCAGGGCAAAUAGGAAAAAAAAAAAAAACAGUCAACAGAGCUGCGAGCGCUAACAUCGAGCAAAUCCAAUAUCUCUCUUAUCUCUAGAUCCCCUCCCACUCAUCCUCGACUCCUGCUCUGGGUUUGAACAUGAGAGGAAUGUAAGCAUGUCCUCACCUCUCCUCUGUCAUGUCUGUUGAAAAUAUAUGAUCACCUUGUUGUAUUUCUGCAUACCUUUAGAAGCCUAGAAGUGCUGUUCGAUUGGUCAGAAAAGUCUGUAAUUGGAUUAUUUAUAUCCCUGAAUAAGAACGCUCGCUUUAUUAAGUUAUGACUCUGCAGGAAAAAAUUGAACUUUCUGCUAAUUUUGCACAAUUUUCACGCUCCAUCACUUAUUUUUAAAGGUUUGUGUUUAGUCAGACUUCACAAGCAGACUUCCUACAACAGUUUUAUGCUCAUGUGAUUUUAAUGAAGUCAUAUUUUAUUUCUCAAUGAGCAGAUAUCUGGAUUUUCGGGUCAUGCAUCAGGACAAAUUUAAUUUUUGAAACUGCACGCAGUUGUAGAAGUGGAAAUUCCUCUUGUAGCACAUGUAGUUUUGGAGUGACCUCAUCCUCUUUGGCUCUUCAUAUCCCUGACAGAAGCUGGCUUAGUUUUGCCUCAGCACUUUGAUAGAUUCAAGACAAGCCACUGAGGCAUAGGGUCAAGUCCUCGCAGUUUAAAGGAGAUGUGACCAGAAAGCGGGAUUAUGCGUGCAAUGCUGUGUAAGAUCAGCGCUGUGCAUAUGUACAACCAGACUGGGUUAGAAAUCAAUAGUAUAUUGUUAUGAAGACAUUUCUAAGCAUGGUAGAGUUAGAGAGGUCAAUAUGAGGCCAGUUGUAUGUGAUUAAACUUGUGAAUCAAUAAUUGCAUCAACUCUUCAAUUUGUUUUGCUCAUGCAGGCCUGGAUCAACAAAGCGUGUUUCUACUUUCCUCUUCUACCACACUGGAUAGCUCGGGUUUUCAGAGUCUUCAGGGGGAGGCAAAUCGAGGAUGAAUAAUGAAUGCUGUGAUAUGUUCUCCUCUCUGUUUCUUUGAACUGAUGAAGUUUGAUAAAGUAGGCUUAGAGCAGCCAUCCUAUUUGUGCCGGUAUCACCCCAUUAUUUCUGGCAGUGAGAGACUGUAAGCAGUGUGCAUUUGACUCAUGAGUAAAUAUUGAUUGAUCUGCUUGUAAAAGGAUACAUGCGUAAAUAUUUGUUCAGGCAAUGCCAACUUCAGCAAAUUUCCAGCUAUCCAAGCAGAUAGUCUCUGGUGCAGUGGAAAACGAGGCUAAAGCAGAUCAGGACUUUUUUCUGCGGCUUGUUUUUUCAGGCGUUUGUUAUUUCAAAAACAACCUAAAUUGGGGCUUAAAAGCGUUUUUGUGUCUGUUGGGAAGAAACUGGGUCCCUGUCUCUCUAAUACAUCCAGUUCUGUCUGUAAUCAUGGCCCCAACUCCUCUCUCCCCACCUCCUGAGAGGCCUUGCACCAUAAUGUCCCUGUCAGAUGGAAUUAAAGUUCUUCUCAGCAUCACAUUAUGUACAUAGGGAGAGCACAGAGAGAUACACUUAUGCAACACCUAGCAUAUUAGCUGUGUGAUUGAACUAUCCUUGGAGAAUGACACAUCCCCCACGCCUCCAUCCUUACUCUGCCUUUCCAAAAUGAGGCAGGUUUAACGAAUGUGACCGGUACGCUUGACCUCCUUUUACCCUCCUGUGAUGCGGCAAGAUGAGGAGUGUGUGGUAGUCACUGAAACAGCUCAUAACAGGCGUGGUUGGGGCCGAUUAGAGGCGUGCUGCUCUGAGGGCGGAGGUGGAGAGAGAGGAGAGGCGGACAGUGUGAUCACCUGCUGAGCUGUGAAUGACUACAAAACUAAUAUACACAACUCCUACUUGCACCAAAUAGUUUAGGGACAUUGUGUGUACCUCUGUAUUUGCUGUAUACACCCCAACAUUUAAGAUCUACGCUAAAUAAACAAGAAAAAGUCAGCUUUUGUCAGAGAGGCAAAAUGUUGACUACAUUAAUCAUUGCAGUUUAAUCAUAGGCUGGUAAAAAAAAAAAAGGACAUAGCCCCUGUGACACCCCUUAAAGCGUUAUGAAGCCCAAAGAUGGUGGUAGCCAUAAUGAAAAUGUUGACUUCAACUAAGUCAACCAGUGCAGAGAUGGAGCUGAGACAGAUCGUUUGCCUACUGGCAACCAUCUACCAUGUGACUUCAUCCUUAAUGAUGUACAAUCAUGCAUAUCUCCAAGCCUUAUAAUCAGAACAGAUUAUUCAUAACAAACAGCUGUCUGGAAAAAAGAAAUAAGGUACAAUAUGAAAAAACUAGGGUUACUGUAAAUUGUUUUUUACCACCAUGCUGUCAAAUCAGUGCUGAACUUUGAUUUGCAGUAUAUUUGGGAUGUUUUUCUACUGUUUAAAACAUCCUUGGGAAUGAUACUGAUUGACAUACAUAUAAAUAAACAUUGCAUAAAACAUUUUUUAUAUAUUUCAUCAUGUUUUUAUGAAUCUAGUUAAAAUUGAGACAGGCAUAGUUAAAAGCAUUUACAUACAAUUGUUAUAUGGACAUUUGUUGGGAAAACAGGUCAUGGAGUGUGGUCAACCAAGACUUAAACCAUCAAUCGUGAAUGGCUGUAAUUAUGUUUUAUUCUGCUGUGAGAUUGGGCACUUGAAUAUUGGAUCAAAGCUACAAGGAUCCAUCCACCAGAACUUCAUAAAAACCUACUCAAGAAUGUCAACCAUCAGUCACCAUAACCAAGAAUUUGGGAGACUUGUGUUUACAUCAAGGAGAUGCUGAAACAGUUCAAUGUAGACAGUAAAAGCGUAUCCUCCAGCAUCCUAAGAACAGCUGUCAGUCUGAUUAACUAACAAACUGCUAUCCCUACCGACAACUGUGCUCACACAUUUGCACAAUGGGGGACUUUGCAGAGACAGUAGAUAUGUGCAAUCCUCCUGUGUCCCUUGUAUUCUAAGUGCUUUGUCGUGCAUGAUGUAUCAGACCACUUGCAUGAAAUAUGCAUGGCAGCAACGCCUUAUUCCAUGUCAUUGAAUGCAGCCUAUUACAUCAUUUGUCCUCUUCACUCCUGUCAUGGGAGAACCGACAUGCAGACCAACAAACCAGCACUACCAGCCCCAGAGGCACGCUUCUAGCAUGACUUCUAGCCUGAGUAGCCUCCAUACUGUGAGCUACAUGAAACAGCAUUAAUGCUAAUCAUGAGAGUUAAAUUUAAGUGAUUAUCCCCCCAUGCAGCUGUGCAGUUCAGAAAAUGAGAUGUAUAAAGUGUAUUUAAUUAUGUUCCUACAUUUGAAUGGAAAUAAAGCUUAAUACUGUUAACCCGAGUUAGCUGUUAGCUAUCCAUUUAAGGAUUAAAUGGUUACCUCACUGGAAUCAAGGGCAAACAAGCUACUAAUCAGGAUGUGAUAGGAAAGGUUAUAAAGGAUUUAUGAAGGAUAGCCUGCCAUAGUUUAUUUGUGUUUGUGUGAGUCUUUUUUUUUUGUGCACAAGUGUGUGUCUGUGUGUGUACUUCUUGUCCUGCUAAUGCAUUGAAAGCCUACGGGCACCAGCCAGCCCAGCCGAGUGCUCAUCAGUUAAAUGGCACACAGAAUGAAUAAGCCUUAAUUGACCAGAUAUCCUUCAUUACACAUGUGCUUACAAAUGUAUUUGCUCUCCUUGGAGCCAUUCUCAGAGGCACAAGCUUAUGACAGGCAGCAAGGCAGAAUGGGACACAAACAUCCCAGGCAUGGAACAGCUUUUUAGAUGAGCUAUUUGUGUAUUUACUCCCAUGCGGAAAGAUCAUCUGUUGUCACAUUUUAUUUUUGAUACAGCUGGUUGGAGAGAAAAUAAUAAAGGACAUUGGUCUAACAGUGGCAGAAAUGUUGUAAUCAGCAAGGCAGAAGGGAUUUGCUUUUAUUCAAAUGUCAGGAUUGUGUUUGCUGUGCAUUAUGUUGGGUAAUGUUAUUAAGGAUUUCAAAUCAUUUUUUCUCACAGGGACAAUUUGAAACAGGCAAGCUGUCCCCCUACUGUACCUGAGGAUGUUUCGCAAGAAGAAAAAGAAGAGGCCUGAGAUAUCAGCGCCCAAGAACUUUGAGCACCGUGUCCACACUUCGUUUGACGCCAAGCGGGGCUGCUUUGUGGGCCUGCCAACUCAAUGGCAGAGCCUAAUAGAGAACCUGCGCAGGCCCAGGCCCAUGGUGGACCCUUCCAGGAUCACAGAAGUGGAACUGAGGCCAAAGAAGGUAAACCAAACCUUCCCUUUAUUGAUCCUUUGGCCUUACCUUAAACCGAUAACUGUAUUGCACAUCCUUCAGUAUGGAGCUUUUGUUGAGUGAGCUCUUACAAUAAGUCGUGAUGCUAAAGAUUUAGCAUUUAAUCAGAGAGCGACUGAUGCAUAAAGAUAAGCUGCUGUUGGUAUUGAACAGAGGGAUUCUGCUGUCUCAGAAAAUGCUAUAAUCCUCUGAUGACAGCGCAAAAGGAAGCCCGGCUCCCCCUCAUCUUUUUGCAUUCCUAUCUGUCCUGGGGCUGGGCUAAUGACCCUGCUGUGUACACUGACACUACAAUGUUGAAUACUCCGAGGGGCUGCAAGAUUUAUUACACCACACAGGCAAUUAAUAACAGUCCAUGGUGCCUUCGCAAGGAUGUCAAGCUGAAGGGAUAAAAAGUGCAGGUACAGCAAAGGAAAUGCCAGUGAAUGAUAAAGGCUGCAGAUCUAAGGAUUCCUACACUUCACAGAGCUUACUGUAGAUGCUGUUUGUGACCCUUCAAAUGGAAAAGAAUAAAAAAAGAAACAUUUCAGCAAAGGCUUGACGUGAUAAGUUCCAUACAAGAGCUAUCAUGUCAGCGUAUUGGUUAAAUUUGUGAUUCAAAUGUAUCAUCCAGAACCUAUCAUUGCAAAAAAAAAAAAAAAGGAGGGAAAUAAUGUUUAAAACAGUUAAUCUUAUAUUGUUUUAUAAAGAGACAGAUAUUAUAAUUAAGGGUCAGCACUUUUAGUAAGCUGAAAAACUAAACCUUAUCUCCCCUGCUCCUUUGCACCAGAAUUACUUAUCAGUUAAACAAAUUAUGAACCUUUUUAGUAACACUUUACUUGAUGCCUAUCUCUGUAACGCAUUAUAAAUACAUGUAUAAUGCGUUUUAAUCACGUUAAUGCACUGUGUAACUGUAGUUAUAAACACACAUAAAUGAUCAUAAUGCUUUAUAGCAGUAAUAAUAACAUAUUAUAAAGCAUUUGAUCAUGACUUACAAGGUCAGGUAUUAUAAUGUGCUAUAACUGUUAACAACUCACUGACAUUACCCACAUAGAUAAUGAAUUAAACAUAUAUUUAUGAUGUGUUAAUUUGCUCAUAAACCUGUAUAACAAACAUUAUAAACACUCAUUAAUUAUCAUAAGGCUCUCUAAAAAAUAAGCAUAACAAGCUGUAAUACCUGACCUUGUAAGUCACGAUAAAAUGCUUUAUAAUGGGUUAUGAUUAUUGUUAUAAAGCAUUAUGAUCAUUUAUGAGUGUUUAUAACUAUAGUUAUACAGUGCUAUAACGUGAUUAUAAUUCAUUACACAUAUAUCUAUAAUGCGUUACAGAGAUAGGCGUCAAGUAAAGUGUUACCACAUUCGUAUUAUUGUUUGCCUGAAAUUGCUAUUGAUGACUAGCUGAUGGCUACAACCGUGACGCUAUGAUGCUGUACUAACAGACGCAAACCAGCACAGAUGACAAAUAGCUUUUUAUGGUGUCCAAAAAGAUUAGAUAAUGUCGUAUGCAGGCUUUGUACGACCACUUGAUUAAGCAAUGCGCAACCAGCAUAUGGUUGGAGUACUGCAGAAGGCUGGUGGUGCUAGCUUUGAAAAUGUUAUCCACUCUCUGGAAACUACUUUGACAUGAUUUACUUAAGAUUUGAACUGACUUGAAAAUUAGUCGCUCAGGAACACAAAUAAUUGUGAUAUCAGCAUUUGUAGCUUUUUGUGGACACAGUACUAAAUGUAACUAUGCCCAUCAUAAGACUUGUUAACUAGCAGAGAGACUAUUUUAUUCUGUGAGGAAAAGAGAAAAAAACACCAGAAUAUUGGGUUGAAGCAACAUGUCAUUUUCAAACUUAUCACAGGAUCUCUGAAAACUAGGACAUCUCACUCAUCUAUUAUUACCUACCAUCCCUCCCUCUCUGAGAGGUUUUACCACAGGUGAGAUGUCAUCUGACCUCCACCCCCCUGUGCACAAGUAAUGGCACUACACCAGAGAAACAGGAGAGGCUGUUGACUGACUGUGAACUGAGCAUGACUCUACCCUGAGAGUCUCUAAUGAACCACCAUGCUCUCUCACUUAAAGCUGCACCAGUAACACAAUUUUGGCGUAAAGAACAUUUUCUGUAAAGACAAGUUUGGACUUUCCUCUUUGCAUGCCUGCUAGGUAUGCAUACCAUCUCUUAAAGGUUAUACAAACAGUUAUCUGCAAUAUCUUACAGUUUCGACACCGGAGCAGUUGUAGAGAGUAUUUUUGUUUUGUAUCUCUUGACCGUUUCCUCAUAUAUUUGUCCCUGUAUUGUCAGAAAAAGCCACUGGGGAGAUGAUUUAAGUUGCCGUCUUUGAAAAAUGACAAAGAUGUCCUUUACAGAUUCUCAAGUCUAAAUUUAACUCGCCUCUGAGCAAUGAUUAUGUCAGCCUCAUUAUUCCUUUCAGCCCAGACUCUUUCCAUAAUGUGAUCAUGGUGUGCACAAUGUGAUAAAGAUAAACGCUUCUCCUCUUUCAGACCAUUGUGCGUGGGAGUAUGAUCGGUCACGGGGACUACAUCGCAGCCAUGAUCAACGACAUGAGCCGCCUCUCUGUGACGAGUUCCAACUCUCUGAGGAAAAGCAGCCCCUCAGCUAGGAAAAGGGCUCAGUCUCUUGGACGACUUGGGGAGGUGAAUGAAGGAGACCCCUACCAGUAUGAGGGCCUGACCCAAGAUGAAGAUGACGACGAGGACGCAGGUGAUGAUCCCUGGAGGGAAAGGGCAAGGAACAUACACAGUGAGACCAACACUCCUUACUUGGGCAUGAAGAAGAGCAUCACCCUGCAGCCCAAUGGGAUCUUACCAAAGGCGAAGUCCACCUACGAAGUCAGCAUCAACUCCAUGGAGGGACCCUCGCAACCGGUGCUGUCCCAGAACAUCCCGAUGCUGAGUCAUGGGGCAUACAUGAGCGGCGAGGUGGGCAGUCCUCAGGAGAGAGUGAUAUGGAAGAGAGAUUUCCAGCUGCCCAGGGGGGUGCCACCAAGUCAAAGACCAAUAGCUUGUUUUUACAGCCCUGCUAUGACUGUUCAGCCGCCCCAUGGGGACCAAGGGACGGUCACCACGGAGCUGCGGCCAAACCCUCCGAUGUACAUGCACCCACAGAACAGCCCCGGGAGGCCGUUCUCCUCCUAUGACCUGAAGGUACAGUAUGUCUGACAUUGCAGCAGCUUCUUGAGUAUUUGACCAUGAGCUGCAUACAUCAUAAUACAUUAAACUCAACAAUGAACUCUUUUUGCAUAUUCAUACUUAGUCUGUUCACAUCAUGGUACUUCUCUGCAGGUUAGCUAUGAGUCUCUGAGUUUCAAAGUGUCAUGCUCAUGCUCAUGCUCAGUGCAGUCCGUGGAAACCUUAGCCUAGCAACGUAUUGAUUUGCUUUAAACUAAAGGUGAUUAAAGUUCUUGGGUGGGAUAUUUUCAGAUCCUAGAAUUAAAUUAUGGAAUGUUGGUUUUAAGAGUUGGUGGGGCUGUAAAGUUGAGAUAUGGUGUAUUUGGCAAGAUCCCAGCAUGGUACUUGGGUCCUUACAGAAAGAUCUUUACAUGGGUCAUGUCAGGUGAAGUGGAUGCACAGUGAGAGUGGAGGACUAGAUUUACAUUCAUAUUAAAAGCAGGUCUUCAAUCUCAGGCAGUCGGCCAGCUCUGCUUCAGCUCUCUCUUUUAAUGUCCCUCAUUCGUAUUUCUUCCUCCUGUAGGCAGAGCCAGCAGCACGGUACCACUCUGGUUUUCUUCCCACUGGAAACAGCAGUCCUCUAGUGGGCGGCAUCAGACCGCAACGGACAGUUCGUUCUUCCGCAAGCUACACACUGGGCUUGUCUCCCAACAUGGGACUGAGGCCAAAUGGACCUGACCCUUUCCUUAGACAUUCUGGAUGCCCAGCCCCUCCUUACCCCAGGCAAGACAGCCCCUCCCAGCCCCGACCCUCCCCAACAGGCUCUUUAGCCACCAGUCCCCCAGGAACCUGCUCCCCUGCCUUCAGGCCCCCACAACACCCUUCACCCAGACCGCCACCAGACCCACCUAAAGUGACCCAUGAGCAAUUCAAAGCAGCACUGCAGAUGGUCGUAGAUAAAGGGGAUCCUCGGUCUUACUUGGAAAAUUUUGUGAAGAUCGGGGAGGGCUCGACCGGUGUGGUGUGUAUUGCUACAGAGAAGCACAGUGGUCGGCAGGUAGCGGUGAAGAUGAUGGACUUGAGGCGGCAGCAGAGGAGAGAGUUGCUCUUUAAUGAGGUACAGUGUUCAAACGUGCAAAAUAAGAUCCUGCUUAGGCAACAAAAUUUAGGUUUGCUACUGUUUGCACUGCACUUUUGCCCUCUUGGCAAACAACUACAACGUCCCAACAACCAGUUAGUCAACUCAUCAUGCCACUAACUGUACAUAUUAAAGUAGUGCCUAACUAGAGGCCUCAAAAUUAUUCAAACGGAUAAGUUACAAAAAAAAAUCAAUUUCUUUUCAGAUGGUGUGUAUACAGGGGCAUAGAGAGCAAAAUGGCCAUUCUAAGCAGAUUUCAAUAGGGUCUCCUUGGCUUUUGAACUUAAGUGGACAAUUGUGGAACUGCAGGGUUUUUUCACCCUCAUGUUGACUUCACUUUUUACACCAAAGUUUGGCGCUUGAUGGAUCCAUGCUAACUAAGAACUCGCCUCUUUAUAAAACUGUGCUAAACAAAGACUUGUGAAGCAAAAUCUAUAUCAAGGCAAGCAGCGCAAAUCUUUAACAACAUGUCUUCAAGUUAUCUUGAUUUUCCAGUUUGUCCUUGCAGCAGUCAUGAAGAAAUUGAUUUUCCUUAGAUGGUGUUAUUUAACACACACACAAUCAGACUCUCACAUGUAAACCAAGUGUAAAGCCUGGAUGAAUAUGCAGGGUGUUUAAGCCAGCCACAAGUUAACCUGUAUGUAGAUCUGCAAAGUGGUUAGCCUUAAUGCAUUCUCUGUGUGGUUGCUGUCUGUGGUAACUACCAGUUCUACAUUGAGGGAGGCAUUUAAAGUGAUUCUCUUUAAAAACCAUGGUUAAUUUGAAAGCUGAAAGAGGCUCUUUCUUUAGUACUGUGUCCCUCUUUGCCCCCAGUAUCUACAAAAAGGUGGUUGAAAGUAAAUAUGGCACACAGAGUCAAAUAGCUAUAUAUAUUGGAAACAGACCAUGCUUGAAUACAUUUUAGUCUUUGUUUUUAUUCUUCACAGAAAAAAAAAAUUGAAAUUAUUGAUAUAUUGAGUUUAAAAGAACGCAUGGUAAUACUAAUUAUGAGAGCGUUAAAGGUGCCUAAAGGGCAUGCCCUCAUUAACACAAAACAAAAGUUUAUUAUACUAUCUUAAAAAAGUCUCAGAGUUUGGGUUGAUCCAAACAUAUAGAUGUAAGGACAAAAUUCAUGUUACAUCAGUUGUGCUAAUGGCCUCUUUAGCACCAACUUACUCCCUUUAUUCAGUUUUGUAAUGUUUAUUUGAUAGGAAAGCAUGAGAGAAAGGAGCUGGAAGUAUGAGGAGAGAGUGAAGGAGGACAUGCACUAAAUCAGGUCAGGACUGGGAAUCUAUCUUAUGACCAGUGUGAGGAGAACUGUUGCCUCUCUACAAAGGUCGCCUGCUCUACCAGCUGAGUGAAACCGGCACUCUAACUCUGACAAUUCUGUAUAGAAAUGAUCUCUCAGCCACUCUUCUUCUUCUUCUUCUUUUAGAAAUAUACUACAUAGUUAGGUGAAACAAAAUGUAGCCACUGAGUGUUAGGCUUACUUAAUAUUCAUCUGUCACUUCAUAUUAAUAUCCUAAUUUCUGUAAUUCUUCUCCUAGGUGGUCAUCAUGAGAGACUACCAGCACAGGAACGUAGUAGAGAUGUUUAAGUCAGCCCUGGUGGAGGAAGAGCUCUGGGUCAUUAUGGAGUAUCUGCAGGGAGGAGCACUGACCAACAUUGUGUCUGAAACAAGGUACAAACAGCACUGUGAGCUAAACUUCAUUCCUCUUAAGAAAGCAUCAUAUUGCAACCAGUUUGGUUAUGAUAUCAUCUUUACUAACUUCAUCAACCACAAGGGGGUAGUGUGGCAUCAACAGCUGAAUGAUCUGUGCUGAAACCAGCUGCACAAACACUGACAAAGACAUCCAUUCAGCCUUGGGUUGCUGCUGCUUUUUUCUCCAGGGAGAAGGAAUAAUUCAGUGACAUUAUCUAAUACUGCAUGUGCUUUUUUAGAUGCAGUAGGGGAAGUUUAAUUCUGGUUCAAAUUUUCAUUUUCAUGUGCUGCAAGGUAGUUUAAUUGUAAUCAAAAUGAGAAAACACAUGGACCAGGAGCAAGGAGCUGAGUUUGUCAAAGUAUAUUUGCUCUGAGCUGUCACUGUAUCAUAUACCAUUAGCAGAUGGCUGGCCCAAUCCUUAAGGCAUGACUCGAAGGAUAAAUCGCUGGACUUGAAGGGAUGUGAAUUUUUCCCUCUGGACAGAUGACACUUAAAAUAAGCCGGCUGUCACAGCCAAUGUUUGACAGGCAUUGAGAAACUCAGUGUAUGGACAGAAUUAUCCAGAAUAUGAGUCUUUAGUUGGCUGCAGUCUGGUGCUGAAUAUUUUUCUGUAUUUUAAGUUGUAUAGGGAGCAGAGUAAGAGCCUUCAUUUAUGUGUGACCUUUUUGUAGAAAGGGUUUUAGAGAUGUCUUUGAAUAUAACCAAUGCAUCCCACCACUGCCAGAACCCUUUUGAGAAUUUCCCAGUUUGGGAUCAAUAAAGUCUAUCUAUCUAUCUAUCUAUCUAUCUAUCUAUCUAUCUAUCUAUCUAUCUAUCUAUCUAUCUAUCUAUCUAUCUAUCUAUCUAUCUAUCUAUCUAUCUAUCUAUCUAUCUAUCUAUCUAUCUAUCUAUCUAUCUAUCUAUCUAUCAUAUGGGAGAAUUCAGGGGUUUGUUGGAGGUGAUGGUUACCUUUUGUUAUCUUUGUUUUUGUGGGUUCCUGACCUUGACUUCUGUAUGAAAAAGACAUAUGUUUUUUUUCAUUUCACUUUGCAAAUGCCAGGAGUCACAUAACAUUCAUGAGGACUGAAUAUUUUUGUCAUUGUGCCAUGUGGGUGUUGUUGUUUUGAACCCUACUCUCUUUUUCAUCGCCUUUGAUGUGCUGUGAUUCAUGGAUUUGGACUUUUCUCGGCUGCUGAUUCCUCAUAAUCUGUCAUGGAAAAAUGUGAAAUGUUGUAUGUAUGUGUGUGUUAUUCUGCAGGCUGAGUGAGGAGCAGAUUGCUACAGUCUGUGAAGCUGUUCUGCAAGCCCUGGCCUAUCUCCAUUCACAGGGAGUCAUCCACAGAGACAUCAAGAGCGACUCCAUACUACUCACAUUAGAUGGAAGGGUACUGAUGACAUUUAUUUCUGUUUUUAUCCCUCUCAUUUUCUCUUUCUUUUUUACAAUCUGUAUUGUAAGACCUCUCUCUAUUCACCCAGGUCAAGCUUUCAGAUUUUGGCUUCUGUGCUCAGAUCAGCAAGGACAUCCCAAAGAGGAAGUCUUUAGUGGGGACACCCUAUUGGAUGGCACCUGAGGUCAUCUCUAAAUCACCAUAUGGCACUGAGGUGAGCAGGCACACGUUCAAACUCCCACAUGCAAAAUAACAGCGUGACCUCCCUCAUGUAGCGUAAAUGCAACAAGAAGCACCUGUCCGAUAAGACCUGUUACAUAACUUGAAUGUGUGGUGGUGCACCAGGUGGAUGUUUGGUCAAUGGGAAUCAUGGUGGUUGAGAUGGUGGACGGUGAGCCUCCGUACUUCAGUGAAACUCCUGUAGCAGCUAUGAAGAGACUGAGGGAUGAGCUGGCUCCAACUGUACGAAAUGUCACCCAGGUAUGAAAACAUAUAUCCCAACACAGUCCUCUGCUUUCUCCUUCUGUUUUUUAGUUAUACUUAUUGUCCACCACACCACAGAGUUUGUGCUAAUUUAAUUUAUGACACAAAGGGUAAACAGUCCAUCAUCUGAGUUGUAAUAACUCAGGAUUUGACUUUAUACUUGUCACUGGUCCUCCACUUCUUCAUCACAGAAUCUUCUUUUGUUUAUUUUUCAAUAUUCAGCAUGUGAAGUUGUUGUCAAACUUUCACUUUGUCCAGCUUUUGUUUCAUUCAGGACCACUGUCAUCAAAGAUAAUUAUUAUUUGAAUGCAGUAAGUUAUAUUUGAUUGUAUAGUUCUGUUCUGAGAGGGCUCACUGCCCUUCCUUGGGCAUGUAUAGCAUGAGGUGGAGGUACAGUAUGUUGCAAAGCAGUUUGUCAAAAAUGCAUAGGUGGGCAAAAACAGUCAAAGUAUAAUACCCAUUCUGACGAUGGAUGGAUAGAAGGUAAUCAGCUGAUCAAUUUCUUUCACAAAUUCCCUCAUUUUCAUUCUGAGGUGUUGCCAUUUUGCUGUUACUAGAAAAGUUAAUCGUAAUACUAAGUAAAGUAUAAAACUAAUGCCAUCUCAACAGUGAUACUAGAAAUAAUGCACUGUUCCUUAUAUGAAAUAAAUGUUCUCAAUGCUUUCUUGUUUAGAUUUCACCAGUUCUUAAAGACUUCCUGGACAGAAUGCUGACCCGGGAACCCCUAGACCGGGCCAGUGCCACUGACCUGCUGGAGCAUCCGUUCCUGCUGCAGAGUGGCUCACCUCAGUGCCUGGUCCCACUGGUGGAGCAGUAUCGAAAGCGCAUGUCCCGUUGCUGACCCUGUGGGGACUCUGGCUCCCCAGCACUCACCUUCAGUCUGACCUGCCCAGGCCUGGGAGGAGAAGCAGCAUCCUGGUGUAAAUCCUCUUCCACCCAAAACGACGGGUGAUUAGCUCUGGAGAAGACCCAGACAGCACGUUGCUGUUGGCGUGAUAAUGGAAGGGUAUCAAGUUUGGCUGACACGCAGCGCAUGGUCUUGGGCAUGAGAGAAGCACUUUAGGAGUAAAAGGCAGCAUGCAGUUCCUCACAUCUCAACUCGGUUUGAUCCGACUAUCAAUAAGCUUCCUGUGACAUUCAGUCAGAGUCAAUACGACACAAAUCAAAAUGGUGCAUAUCAACUGAAUAUAAAUGUUCCACGUAACUACACAUACUACUAUAAUGACCCUUUAUAGUGUUCAUGGUGGGUGUUAUGAUAGCCUUGUAAAGCCUCUGAAGCUGGUGUCUGGUUCAAACCACAGUAGCUUGUCGUGACAUUAUAAAGGAACUAAGGAUAGUUACCUCUGCACAUUCACAGACCCUCUCUGCUGUAGAAACCGGACAACAACCUGCCGCCAGCAAACUCCACAAACACUGGCUGUCGACUCUUUGCAUGGCCAAACGGAGGCGCACCUGGCCUGAUGUGAAUGCUUGAAUAUGAACCAAACUGGGAUGUGAAAGACAAUUCUGCUUUAUUAGCAUAAUAAAUGGGUAGAUUAAAGCCCAGCUGCUACUAUUGGGCUAUUUGAAAAUCAGCAGUACUCCUCUUUUACAUAUUUAUAUUUAUUUCCAAAAGGUGUUGUUGUGGGUUGUUUAUAUGAUGUGAAGUUAAAAAAAUGUUUCAUUAAUACGUAUGGACUUGGAGCAUAAGCAGAUAAAUUAAUAAUGUAAAUAAAUACUGAACAUUAGUUCUUAUUUCUGCUGAUCUACAGCAGUAAAUUAUAUGAGAUGAAUUAAAAAAAAUUUACUUUUCUUUACUGAAAUGUGAGUGUAUAGUUGUAUAUGUGUGCGCAUGUGUGAGCAUGUGUGUGUGUGUGUGUGUGUGUGUGUGUGUGUGUGUGUGUGUGUGUGUGUGUGGGAGGUGACAUCUCAGUGUUUGCUUCUGAUAAAGCCCACUUUGUAUUGUGAAAGACUUUUUAAAAACCACGAGAGUGUGUGUGUGUGUGUGUGUGUCUGCGUGUAUGUGUGUUCUUUACUGAUAUGUCUGUGUGUGUGCGUGUGUAUGUGUGUGCGUGUGUGUGUAUGCAUUUGUUUGCCUAGUUAAAGCACACAGGCCUGGCAUGUGAUGCUGCAGGACGUCCACCUGCUGAGAAACACUUUGCACAUAGUCUUUGUAUUCUGACACGGAUACAUGUGGACAUGUUUCAUGUAUUUCUAUCUCUGUGUGGAUCAUUCAUGAAAAAGAGAAUUACACAUUUUAAUUUUGUAUAAAUCAAUAAAUGAUGCAUAUUGAAAUGGAUUCCUUUGAUCCUGCAUUUUCCUCAAACACAUGCAUGAAUUCAUGUAAGGCUGAAUGAGCUGCUGUUUUAAAGUAUUUAUUAGGUAUUAGGCAUGAAUUAUACAGUGAACAGCCGCUACAACAUCUUUAAAGCAAAAUACAUACAACAGGUCUUAUAAAUACAUAACAAUAUCAAAUACAUUUUAAUCCAUGUAAUAUAAAUCUUUUAUAUGUGAACAAAAAUAUUAUUUUAUUCCCACAGAUGGAUAUUAUGCUCGUUCAUAAAUUACUUUGAAUAAAGAAUAACAUUUUGAAAACAGUAAAGCUUUACAUUUUUUCCUUGAUUAACAUUUAAAAACUGCAAUUUAAGAGAAACAUCAUCAUUUGUCUUCAUAAAUAGAUGAAGUCGCCAAGCAAUCAUACUGCAUUGUGAAAUAUAAGUGCUAUUAUUAUUUCCCGGCCAUCAAUGACUGCUUUUAUUCUAACCAAGGGUCGACUGAGACGAGCUGCUUUCAAACUCACAUUUCACUCCGCUGAUGCUGUCAACACUCGGCUGGUUGUUCACCUGCUGAUGUGUAUGAGAGCAGGGGAAGGUCUCAGAGCGGGACAUCCGCCCUCGGCUGUUUGAGGAGCCUGAUGAACAGUCUAUCACCAUCCUCAUGAAAUCUGGGGCUGUGAACCGACGCAGCAGUCUCGUCCCCAGGCCCAUGAACCCCGGCGCACGGCUCGAGAUCUUCCCGGACUCCAUCUCUCCUCUGGCGAACAGCAGCUUGUUGUGUCUGCUGCUCAGGCCGAAGCUUCCCCUCUUCAGCUGCUCUCUUCUGUUUAAUGGAGCCGUGUUAGUCUCCUCUUCUUCCUGUGACUGGACACUCUCCUCCAGUGCUCCCUCUGGCUGACUCUUGCUGUUUGAAAGAGGUUUUGGCACCAAGACAGUUUUGUCAGCAUCAUUUGUCAGGCCACGGGUGUUUCCUUGACAUUCAAUCUUGUCUAUCAGGCAUCUCUCAUCCUGCAGUGAGGCUCUCUUUAAUUUGCUGGCCGACAGGCUCAUGUCGCACACAUCACCCUGAUAGGACUGCUUUCUGCCGUUCAGAAGGUCCAGGUUAAAUGACUUUGCUUUACCCCAGAGAGGAAAACUCACUGCUGUUUGCUCUUGGAGUCCAGUGUCUCGGCUGUCAUCCUUCUGGCUUGAUUCAGGCAGAGAGUUCAGUGUUUUGGCCCCUCUUGGCUCUCUAAGCGGGCAGUUUUGCAGUUGUUUGGCAGUGAAAAUAUCCCCCUCAAUCUGGCUUUUCUCUACCUGAGGAGGCAGGACCCAGCUGUUCGAAUGGUUCUCCUCUUGAGACAGACUCCUGGGACAUCUGAAGCGGUUCCAAAGCCUGCUGCUGUCUCCAAUCUUCAGCUGUCUCUGAAAUACCUCUGGCAACUGAUCUUCAUUAUUGUUUAACUGCUUUGAGAACCUCUCCAGGAGAUACCUGGGGAGCCUGUUGGGCAGCCGGUUGUCUCCAUCACUAAUGGAAUCGGGGAGUGGAUCAUCUGUGCAAACACUCCUCCUGCAAGAAAAGUUCAGAAUCUGCACACAUUGGCUGUGUCCGAAGAAGUUGGCCACCUCAAUGGCAGAGUGACCAGCAUUAUUGGUUCUGUCCAUCCUCAGUCCCAGUCUUUUGAAAGCCCGAACCAAAAACUCCAGGACCUGACUGUGCCCAGAAAAGGCAGCGUACAUCAGAGCGCUGUUACCCCAGGCAUCAGAAGAAUCUGGGUCAGCGUUAAACUGCACAAGAAGCUUCACCACAUCCAGGUGACCCAUCUCACAGGCAUGGCUCAGGGCUGUGCGGCCAUCCUCGUCUUGGCAGUUCACAUCAGCCCCUUUCUCCAGCAGUAGUCGGGUGAACUUGGCCCUGGUUCCUGGGUCUUGUAAGCAGACAGCGAACAUGAGCGGGGUGCGGCUGUUUUCUGUCUUGGAGUUGAUAAUGCGUCCGUCCAAGGCGUCCAAGAUGAAGCGUGCCAGGUGAACUUUUCCACCAUGCAUGGCAUCCAAAAAGGUUUUAGUGCCAGAGCCCUGGCGCAAAUCUUUUGGCCGCAUCAUUGUGGAUCAGCCACUUGUUGAUUCCUUAAGUCAGCUUUAAAUCGGGAGAGAAAGAGUGUGUAACAAGUUCUCCGAGGCUCCCUGUGUUUACAGCGAGUGCAUUCACCUCGGAGUAGGACUCAGAGAGGAGCUGCCAGUGAUUUUAUACCUCCCUCUCCACAUGCCCUCCCCACGUUGCCUAGGAAACAAACGUCUAAGGACCAUUAUGUGGUGGCAGCAACCAUUCAGCCCAAGCCCUCUCUGCCUGGAGAGAAAUAUAUGCUAUUUGAACGGAAUAAUUACCCAUGAUGAAAAGACGGCCAGUGUUUUUCACGAGGGGUUAUGCCCAGUUUUUUCACUUUUCUUUGAGGCUGAAUAACCAAAUUUAUUAAAUUUAUUUAAUAUUUUUUUAAUCCCGCUCUGAUUAUUACAUAUGGAGAAACACAAAUUCAUCAUUUUGUAGAAGGUAUAAACGGUACAUUAUGUUGAGUCCAAUUUGUGAUCAAGAAUACUGUUUUCAGGAUUAUUACAAAACGUUAAAGGGAACUAGAAAGACUCGAGAGCUUAUUUUAAAGGAUACAAAGGACAAAUGAAUACAGUUAAAACCCCUAGUUUUUCCAAACAUGCAUUUGAAAUACAGCCUCUCGCAGUCUACUCUGUAGUUGUGCUUGCUUUUUGCUUUAGCCAUGAAUUAUAAUAUGGCAGAACAAGUUCAAACUGUUCCUCCUAUUAUGCUGUGACUUUCUCAAGGUCUGGUGAGAAUGACUUUACCCGAAGGUCUUUUUUCCAUGACAAAGAGUUAAGCCAACAAUAAAAAGGCAGUAAAAGCUGGAAUUGUUUUAUUAUCUUAUUGAACAAAAAACAAAAA